AAGUUAAGAUAGUCCUAAAUUUGAUUUACAACUGUUGAUAAGCACAUUACAUUCAUACAACAAAGAUGCGAGGGAGCGUGUGAACCUCUUUGUAUUUGCUCUUUCCAUCUUGAAUUCCGAUAUCCACAAGGUGUCACACGAGACUAAUCGAUUUCUGAUAAUAAUUGCGUUGUCUUUGGCAACAUAUGUUGUGAACAAUGAAAAAAGAUGAGCAUCGUCGAACAAUAGAGUGCUAUAUACCCGCUUGAAGUACUUGCUUUGGUCUUUAAAGCAAACAAAUCGAGAUUGUAUAAAACCAUCCAUCUUGUUUCAAGUGCCGGACGUCUCUGGUGAUGGCGAAGACACCUGGCAGGAGCCCGAAACUGGAGUGAUCGUUAAUAGGUUGACGUGACAAAAUGAAAGGAAAUGAUUCCGUUGUUCCCGAUAGAUUGGAGGAGUCAUUAUCGUGCGAUGACCUUUUCCUGGAAUAUUUUAACUCAUUUUUAGAACUGUCGGCUUUCCCACUUCGAAUACGAUAUGAUAGACUGACCGGGACGUUUCAUGAAGUAAAUAAAAAUGAAGAAUUCGGUCACGAAAUUUCACAAAAGACAAAGUCAAAGAUGAUUGAUAUAUCACUUACGGGAAACGUUCACGGAUUGUUUGGUGGUCCACCAUACGGUGUCAGAGAUGAUGAAAAAGAAAGAGUGUUGCAAUGGGCGCAUCAAAAUCGACUGCCACUUUUCUUACAAACUCGACUUUAUCGGGAGUUCAAGUUGUGCAAACUUCUUUUACGUCCACUUGAUUUUCGACGAGGAAGUAGUCGUAUUCGUGGAUACAGUCGUCUGUCCAUGGGCACAACUGCCACGAGUUUUACACCUAUUGAGUCUCCACUUCCGGACACACAGUCAAUUGCGUGGACAGAUGGUCAAAGUAUCAAGAAAGUAUCAUAUGGAUUAAAUGCGAUGGAUAGAUCAAGACCAAACAGCAGGGCGCUGAGUUUACCGCCGGAUUUAGGAGGUAGAACAUGGUCAGCUACUGCCAUGUAUGAUACAUCUGCAACUGAGACCAGUAGUUCAACAGCAAAUGAAGUAGCGGCGUGGCAAAGAAGAAAUGAGAAACACCAAAGAUCAAGAAGGAGAUAUCCAGGAGGGAAAUCAGAUCAAGAAAACAUCGACACAAGGAUAUCAGAUUCUGGACUUGGCACCACAGCAUUCGACUAUAGCACUACUAUCGGUACAAGUGGAAAAACAAGAAAUAUUGGCACACGAGCUGACACAUUAGGGGUGGGAUCUCGCUGGGAAAGCGAAGCAGGGUACAGUACCAGAACACCUGAUACGAGAACUCAAACCGCCAUGACAUAUUCAUCGUUACCAGCUGAUGGUUUUCGUUCCGCUGUUUCCACAUCUGCACAUAAAUCUGGUCAUCAAUAUGAAGGGAAGAGCGCACUUCGAACAUCAGAUUCUCCAAGUAAGCCUCACCGAGCAACAAUAAUUUUACCAAGGACGGGCAAAAACUCUGACGUUGUAAUAUCAGACACACCAAUGAGGUUUAAACCAACUGGAGAUCAAUAUUCUGUCGAUGACGCAAGUGAUUUCGUCAUCCAUGACGAAGAUGAUGACAUGGAAGAAGUGGAUGAUGAUGAGGAUGGUGGUGGGAGUGGAUUUUUAGAGUUUGACGAUAGAGAUUCAUCUUGCGAUGAAACUGAGACUGAAAUUGAAUCCAUUCAGAAAGUUCAUUCAAUGAAGCUUCAACAUAUCAAGGAAAGGCUUUUGGGAUCUAAAGAGGGAGUAGACAGCUUGUUAAAUUUCCUGUCUGAUACCGCUGGAAUUUAUCUUAUCUUAUUUUGGUUGGAUGCUGAAGCUUUCAAGGAUGCUUUCGAUCAUACGAACAAUUCUAGAAAAGAUUUGAAUGAUAUGGAUGAUGGAUCAGAUUCGUCGAACAUAUCCUCUGUUGUCACUGAUGACGGAGUUAUGUUAGCCUGGCGACAUCGAUUAUUUCGUGAAAUUUUAGAUCGACAUAAAUUUACUCUCAGUGAAGAAGCAACAGAACAAAUAAGGGAAGCUCAGAGCAAUGUUGGGCUGACGUGUCACGUUUUUGCACGUACGCAAUACGACGCAUUACGACGUUUGCGUUCUUACUGGCUUCCAAGAUAUAUUGUUCACUGUAGCACCAGAGCAGAUUUCGAAAAACGUCUUUCAACAGGUACCUGGGAUGUUGACUGCUCAUCACGAAACUCUUCAACAUUUCGAUAUACGUUUUUACCAUUACUUACUAUUGGGCAUCUGGUACCAAACUCUCAUUUAAAUUACGAAAAUUCCUCGUUUCGAGAUGGUGAAAAUAUUGCGGUCAGACCGCUAGAGUCUGUUAACCAAGAAAAUGCUGCUAUGCUUGAUCGUCCGACAACAGCACAAAUCCGAGUAAUGUCAGCAAAAUCUGCUUAUCAUCAUUUCUUGUUGCGAGCUUUGGCUUCAGAAGCUGAUGCAGGAUGCCCGUUCCGACGAUACAUAAUUGAAUCGAAAGAGGCGACCGCUCGGAACGCUUAUGACUUUUGGGUUACCUUGGAACAUUUUGCAAGUCAAAAAUCUAGAGAGGGUGAAAAUAAACUUACAAGGGCAAUGGCAGUUUUAAAAUCAAGCUCGUCGGCAGCGGACUUCCCUCUGGAAGUAAUUGAAGCGUGGAAAAUGUUCAGCAAUUUUGUUUGGCCAAUCGAUGCACCCAGAAGUUUGACUUUACCGGAAAAUAUGCAUUCUUAUGCACGGUCGUUGGAGAAUUUGUUAAGCCGAGCAUUGACAGAGGAAAAUGACACAAGGUCGAACAUCACUUCCUCUGUAUUCCGACCCGCAAAACUACAUGCACUUUAUAUUUUGUCUGAGUGUUGGAAGAAAUAUUGCAAGCAUGAAAAUCGAGAUUUCUUCGAAGCUCGAGAAGGUCGUCCAUAUUCCUCCAGUGGUGACGAUAGGUCUGUCACGCCACCGCGGGCAUCGUCGCCCAAAAUAAAGAAACAAACAAAACAAUUUGACGAAAUGAGUACCACGUUGAGUGAGACGACCACAAUUUUCAGCAAGCCGUGGUUAACAGAUGAUGACACAACAGAAACUGACUCCGCAAGUACAAUGUAUUCUUAUGAUGUUGAGAGAAUACGACAAAUAGCUUCAAUCAUACGAAAAAGAGGAGCAAAGAAACCUCAAAGAACACCUCAUAAAAAACCUCCUCCAAUCAGAAGAAGGAUUGGAACGGCCGUAAAAUCUACUAAGGUAUCAGAACAACAUAAGGCAACAAAAGAACAUGACGUUGAAUCAGUUUCAUCAAAAACAUCGAAGAAAAAGCAGACAAAAGUGCAAUUUAGUCUUCCUGACAAAGCCGAUUCUAGUAGUCCAUCCCGAGUAAAUGGAGAGAAAGGAAAUCAAGAAGAAGGGGAAGUUGGUGAUGAUGAAGGGGACGGUGAAGAAGACAAGAAUAAAAGAAAGAAAAAGAAAUCACUUCUACAUCGACAUCCUAAUAGAAUGAAUUAUCAGGAGAUAAAAGAGAACAAACUACAUAUGUACUUUCGAAAAUAUGUAGCUCAGUGCGAGAGCAUGGAGGUACAAAACGUGUUUCAAAUGUACGCUUUGUGUGAAGCACUGCGAUCUGUUCCAAUGACAGAAGUAGAUAGAAGAUCAGCUCUCGCAAAUGAAAUAUCACGUACUUAUUUAAGCUCAUCAGGACCUAAACAAAUUGCAAUGUCGUCGGAAUUUUUAUCUCCUUUUAUGAACGAACUUCCCAAUCCUUCUAUGGAAGCAACUGAAGCCUUGCAACUAUAUGUCGUUCCAACACUCAAUCAGGCAGCAGCAAACUUCUCCAUUGGCUUUAGCGCGGCUCUAAAGGAAUAUAAACUUGACAUUCGAAGUGAUCUCGUUCAAAACUCAACAAAAGCCGAACUUGCUCUGAGAACGCUGACUCUCAAACCCAGUAGUAAGCGUAGACGAGCACUUGGUAAACACUCUGCAAGACAACCUCCUAAUACAGAUCACAAACAAACGUUCAUGGAUGCAUUACAAAGAGCUGCAGAAGGCGAUUUACCAUUAGAUUUAUUGCAUUUUUAUAAAUACUUGCAGGGUUUUGGAAGUCAAGAAGGUUUUCCAUUGAUACACAACGAUUUGCUGUUUUACGUUGAAGUUUCAAAAUUUCUCGCUUGUUUUCACGAGACAUACGAUUUGGUAACUUUAAAGCGAAAAAUUCAAUCAAUUUUAGGCUGUUUCAUUACAUCGGCAAUGGAACCAACUCUGCAGAUUGAUAUAAAAACUGGAACUGCCGAGAGAUUACGAAGGGCAGCGGAUAGUUUUGUAAAUGACAAAGGACGGCAACCUCACACGUCAACUUUAUUUGAUGAUGCGCAACACACAGUUUUCAACGAACUCCUUCCAUUCUGGGCCGGAUUCGCUUCCGCUCGUCCUCUUGCUGAACGAGAUGAGAAAAGACCAGUUUUGAAGUCAGAAAGACUACAUAAACGGAGGUUAGAAGCGUUCAUGAAAACACCUGAUCCGAAAACUGUUUUUAAUAUUCCGAAAUCUGUUCCAAAAUUUGAUAUGCACGGUCUAGAAUUUACAUUUUCAGUCAAUGGAGGAAUACAGUGGAAGGAGUGGAGUGAGGUAUCAUCCAGUCGUUCUAGUUCUCCUCCUCCAGAAGGUAUCAUCGAAGUCGUGAAAAUGCCACCGAGAAGUCAAGCGAGACGCAUGAUUAGACGAGGAAAUUUUUCAGUAAAAAAACUAAACGCCAUUCAAGAAAAGUCGAACAUGGAAAACGACGCGUGGAAUAGCAAAAAAACUGAUGGAAAGGGUAAUGUGAAUUUGAAGAAAACAGUGUCUAUCAAAGGUGCCAACAAAUUGCAAACAAUCAACUACACCACGUCAGUUAGCUAGGAGCGGGGUAUAGCACAAAAACACUUUGUUGAAAAAUAACUAUCUACAUUGCACCAACACUAGCCAAAUUCUGACUGUUUCUCCAUUUUUACACAUUACAUGGAACUAAAACCCCCACAAAUUUUAUCUAAUUUAUACUACUUUAAAAUGCAAAUUUAACUUAUUUUUCUGUAUCAUAUUCUCCUACAUUUACAUUCAGCGCUGGGAACAAAAUACAAUCUUGGGAAAUAAUCGUUAUUUUCUCUGUUUCGUAUAUGUUUUUUAUGUCUUUGUGAUUGCCAUCCGUGACAGUAAGACUUGCUCAAGUCGAAAAUUGUUUUUAUGGAAGAUGCACAUAUUUUAAACAAAAGUCACAUUUGCACUUCAUUUAUUUAUUUUAAACAAAAGGCAUUUGGAUUUAGUUUAAAAGUAAUUUUGCUAUAUAAUAAAAUUAUAAAUUUUGUAAAACAUGAUUUAAAAUCGAAUGGUAUAAAAUAGUAAAACGACAGCACGUGUACCCUUCGGAAAUGUUGGAUAACAUGCGUUCAUAUUUUGAAAGGUUAGUGUGCCGUAGACUCGAUAGGGUAUGUGUUAAUAUAUAUUUAUAUCAUAUUUAGAUCUAUCAACGUUCAUUCACUGAAUUAAUCAAUAUUAAAAUUUACUUAUGACUGAUAUUCGAAACAAUUAUCGAUAGGUUUACUAUGAAACCAUAAAAUGAGAAAUGCUUUUGUCAGCGAUGUUUGGAGACUGACGCAGUUUGUAUGUUGACGUAAUUUCAAAUGUGCGUUUCCAGUCCUACAGUCGCAACAUACUUGUGUCCCAUAACGAUCCGGAUUGAUCAGAAGUUUAUCAUUAUUUCGAAGUUAUAUUGAUGUUUGUCCUACUUAUUGGAAUAGAAGUGCACAAAUGGA